AUUUCCAACAAAAAUUAUAAAAAUAUGUAAUAUGUAAUUUAUAUGCUUCCUUUAGUUUUGUGUUGUGAUUGUGGAAUAGUAAAACAGACUUUUAUUUUCUAUAUAUAAUUUGUAUGUAUAUUAUAUAUAUAACAGUGCUUUAUGGGUCUAAUGUGAUGUCUUUUCAAAAACGUUGCACUCAUUGAUAUCGGAGCAUAUCACGAUCAAAGUCAGUUUUACGAUCAUAAAAGUGAAAGUAUUGUUUACAAAAUAAACACCAUGGAGUACGACAACGACGAUACAUGGCGUAGAUCGUCUUUGCCAAAGCAGCGGCAGAGAACGUGUCAUCCGAUACCAAAAAAGUCGACAACAACUGCAGUUGUGGUAUUAGGCCUCGCUGUGCUCAGUUGUCUGCUUGGAUAUUGCGUCCUCAGUGAAACCCUCCCUUACGAAUCGAAAACGUUACGGCUCGUCAUCAUCCUUUUUAGGCAUGGAGCUAAAGCACCUGAGAGUACAUACAACAGCGAUCCAUUUAAAAAAUAUCAGUGGCCAGAAGGACCAGGGGGCUUGACAAAUAUUGGCAAAAUACAAUUAUAUGAAUUGGGAAAGAAGUUCAGAGAUUAUUAUACUAACUUUAUAUCAGAGGACUAUUUUUCCAAAGAUGCAUAUUUUCGAAGCAGUGACAAGGAUAGAUGUUUGAUGAGCGCAUACACAUUCUUAGCUGGUCUGUAUCCACCUUCGGAGAGACAAGUUUGGAAUCAAGAAAUAAAUUGGCAGCCUAUUCCUGUCCGAUCCUUACCUAGAGAACUUGAUAAUAUUGUAGCUGCUACGAAACCAUGUAAAGCUUGGAAAAAAAUGUACAAUGAUAUAUUAGCAGAAACAGACAAAGAUCCAAAGUUUACAGAAAUAUUUGACUACUUGAGUAAACAUACAAAUGAGAGUAUGAGAAGUGUAUUAAAAGUGGACUAUUUGUACAGUGCAUUGCUGUCCCAGCAAACUGCUGGGUUGAAGUUGCCAGAGUGGACUAAGAAUGUUUUCCCGAGUGAUAUGCGUCUGCCAUUUAUGACAAGUUUAGCUCUGCUGUCUUACAACCCCCAGAUGCAACGGCUGCAUACAGGCCCUCUGUUGGGAGACAUAAGACAUCAUUUAGAAGAUAAUGUGCAGCACACUAAUGUAGACAGAUCCCUGUAUGUGUAUUCCGGUCAUGAUGUAACAGUUGUGUCGCUGUUCCGUGCCCUCGGUUUCCAAGAGUUACUAGAACCAGAAUUUGGAUCGAGUAUCACUAUUGAAUUACAUGAGGAAGAGGUUGUCAAGGAUAGUUUUUAUGUUAAAGUGUUUUACAGAAACAACACCAAAGUGGAAGUACCCAUGGAAUUGAAGUUACCGUUCUGUGAGGAGCCAUGUGAGUACAUCAAGUUUAAGCAGCACAUUGACUCGCUUAUACCCACCGAUUGGGAAGAGGAGUGCCAAAACAAAGUUCAGUGAUCCCAUCAUUUUUUAGUUU